AUGAAAUUCCUCGUUGCCUUCGCCCUGAUCGCCGUGGCUUCGGCCCGUGUCUUUGAACCAAUUUCCGUUGGACCGGCACUCGUCGACACCUACGAACCCAUCGACACCGAACCCGCCUACGUGGACAUCCCUAUCCCUGACGGUGGUGUAGUGACUGCUCCCGUGAAGCCCACUCCUGUUGUCGUUGGACCUGCUGUUCCCUCCGGUGCCUCUCCUCUUGUGCAGCUCAUCGUGAACGUCAACGUCCCCGCUGGUGUUUCUGUUGGACCCGCUGAAAUCAAGCCCGAGCCCGUUAUUGUCGUCGAAGAGGCUGAAGAGGGCCCCAUUGUCCCUGAGCCUGUCAUCGUUGCUCCCAUCAACCCCACCCCUGUUGUCCCUGAGCCCGUCAUCGUUGCUCCCAUCAACCCCAUCCCCGUCGCACCUGUCAUCAUUGGCACUCCCAUCAUUCCCGCUCCCGCCGUUACCCUCCCCGAGGAGCUUAACUAA